AUGUCUGCUGUUGAGAAAACCCAUGGAAUUACAAUUGAUGAGCCGUCUGUUGCUCAUCAAGCUAUUCUAUUUAUACUUGAUGUACUUAUACGUAAUAAUCAAGCAAUGACAAUAGCAAAACUUUAUGAUAGUUUUGGUGAUAAAACAUUUACAACACAAAUGCUUAGAGCAGUGGGCGGCAAUGAGCAAGGACUUCAACAGUUCUUGCUCCGAUAUCCGUCAUUAUUCACGGUGGCAAACGAAACAGUAUCGGCAAAUAGUGGUACACCUGUGCGCCCAAUAACAUCAUCAUCAUCGGGAACAAAUUUACACACACAAUCAUCAUCAUCGAGUACGACAUCUUCUUCACAACGUUAUACAUCUCGUCCUACAUUAUCAUUAAAUAAACAUACGAACGGUUUAACAUCGCCGACGACAACAUCCACAGGUAGUAGUUUAAUAGAUGCCAAUAAUUCAAAUCAAGACGAUGGACCACAAUGGGACGCCAAAACAAUGAAAGAAAUCGAACAAGAAGCUAUUAUAUUCUUUCGAAAACAAAUACAAAAACGAGAAGAAGAAUGGUUACCAAUUGUUAGCGUUGCUGGACAUGCUAGUCAAGCAUCAGCUGAUGUCAGAAAAUUUGUUGGACCACAGAAUGAAUUUAAAGCAUUUUUAGUACGUUAUCCACAAACAUUCAUUGUUAAAGAUGAUUAUUGUGGACUCAAAGGAAAAUGUGACCAGCCGGGUGUGCAAUUUCCCCCACCCUCUCCUCCCCCAAAACGUCGUAUAAUUAACGGUGUUACUAACAUACCCCUCACAGUAAAUGGGAAUUGCAGUAGUUUAACUCGUUCAACAUCGUUCAAGAGUAAUGGUCGUGGUGGUCUCGUAUCGACACCGACAGCAGCUACAAAUAAUGGGUUAUCGAAACGUUUAACUCCUAUUGAAGUGAAAGCUGUUCAUUAUGUCAUGCGUUUAUUGUACAAAAAUGGUCGACUACUAUUGCAAAAUGUGCCUGGAUUAAUAGCUCGUGCACCCGAUUAUUUAUCGAAUGUAAUUGGGUUUACAAGAGAUGAUUUAAUUCUAUUUUUUAAACGUCAUAAUGCCAUAUUUCAAUUACAUACAGACGGAUGUGUCAGCGUUAAACAAGAUGCUGUCAAAGCCUUAAUUCAUAAGGAUCGUUCAUAUGGUGAAAAUUCACAAUUUACAUCCUAUGGAAUUGUACUAAGAAUAUUUCCGAAAUAUGGAAUAUUGAACAUGGAUAAUAAUGAACAAGUAUUCUUCGAUAUUCAAUCGUGUCAGUUUGAAACAUUUAAUGAUUUAACGUGUGUUCUACAUCCCGGAGAUUAUAUCUAUUUCACAGCUAUACUAGGACCUAAAGAAGGUUCAACAAAAUGGAAAUCGUUAAAAACGUGGACAAAACAAUCAAAACAACAACUUACUCAUUCACCAUCGACAAAUAAUUUAUCAAGUUCAACAGGUUAUACAUCUCCGUCAUACGAUUUAACAGAUGAUCAACAAGAUUUAAAUCAAUAUCAACUUGAAAAUAGUGAAGAUGAUUCAACAAGUGAACAUCAAGACUUAAUAAAUUCAUCAAAAUAUUCAUCUAAUCGAAAUUCAUUUCCACCCACUUUACUCUCGCCGACCACCCCAACAAGUGCUACUAACAAUAGUAUUCUCACUGCUCCUCUUCUUCCUUCUGCAUCUAUUGUUCAACAACAACCACCAUCGAAUAUUGGUCCAAUGCCAAAAAUGGUUAAUGGUGUUGAUCCAGAUAUGUUAACAAAAAAAAUUCAACAAUUACAAAUUCAACGUACAACUCCCAAUGACAUAUCGUUAAAAGAAAGUCUAUUGGAUAAAUAUGUUAGUCAAGGAUGUCAAACUAUCACAACGGGAGAAAUAUUAGCAACAAAUAUACAUAUCGAAUAA